GUACUGUGUGUAAUAUAUUCCCAGGCUCUCACAAUGGUGUCUAUGAUGUCAUCCAUUCAGGGAACAGGAGAAGCCAUCCAGUGACGCGGCUGCAGAGCAGGAGGUGAACUUUCAGGAACUAGUACAGACAGAGGAAGGAAGCAGCAGCAGCUCUGAGCACAGACAGAAACAGUAUAUAGUAUUAUUGGCUGAGACAGUGUCAGGACUCGGCAGCAUCAUCUGUCUGUUACCUCACUGCAUGGAAGUGACUCCGCUUUCCCAAUACUACCAGCUGUGACCUAAUCAGGCGUAGGAGGUACGGAGGCUCCCGCUUCUCAUAUAAGCUCCCCAGCAGCCCCCCACCAGCCACCAUGGACAGGAUGUCAGUGACAGAGGUGUUUGCCGGCAUCCAGCUGCCUGGACACCUCCACAAUGCACAGUCCCUGCAGUAUGCUCAGGACUUCCAGUUCAGAGAAGAAGAUGUCGUGAUUGUCACCUACCCCAAGUCAGGGACCACAUGGAUGCAAGAGAUCUUGACACUGAUUUACAGCCAAGGGGACACGGAGAUUGCCACAACUGUUCCAAAUUGGAUGCGGGCUCCUUGGCUGGAGCACACAUACUUCAAAGAGACUCUAAAGGAAGGAGAGGGCCCCAGAAUCAUAACCACGCACCUCCCGAGUGAUGUUCUUGCUCCUGCCCUGCAGAAGUCUAAAGCAAAGGUCAUCUACAUAGCAAGAAAUCCCAAAGACGUGGCCGUUUCCUUCUACUAUUUCCACAAAAUGGCAAAAUUCCUCCCAGACUUGGGAUCCUUUUCUGAAUUCCUGCAGCUCUUCCUUAAAGGCGAAGUGUACUACGGAUCGUGGUUCGACCAUGUGAAGGGCUGGUACAGGCAAAGAAAGAACAUGGACUUCUUCUAUAUCACAUAUGAAGACCUGAAGAAAGACUUAAGAAGGUCCAUAAAGAGAAUUUGUGGCUUCCUGGGUUGCCCCAUGUACUCUACAGAGGUGGAUAAAGUGGAGCAGCACUGCAAAUUUUCGAUUAUGAGUCAGAAUGUGAUGGUGAAUUACACACUUAUCCCUCAGGAAAUAAUGGAUCAUGAGCAGAGCAAGUUCAUGAGGAAAGGUAUCGUUGGAGACUGGAAGCAGCACCUGACAGAACAGCAGAGCAAAGCCUUUGAUAAGGUUUUUCAGGAGAAGAUGUCUGAUUGUGAUCUACAUUUUGUCUGGAGUUUAGAAUAAACAGUGGCUGAUAUAAAUGUGGGACAGCAGCCGCUCUCAGGUGGCAUAAACAUUUCUGUAGAGACUGCAGCUGCUCUCAGGUGGUAUAAACAUUUAUGUGCUGGACUGGCAUAUCGUCCAAGUGUGUACCCACCUUUAGCUAUUCCCAUGUACACACAAUGCACGGAUAUCACCAACCUGCCUACAGAAAUGUACGUACUUUAUAUACCUCAAUACAAGUCUCUUAUCCUUUGUUAGCACUAUAGGUGGUUAUUACCGUAGUUACAGUAUGUUAUAAAGCAGCAAUAUCUUCCUGGGCGACGUACAGCAGUACAUUACAGUUUUUGUAGUAGCACAAUAUGAUCGAGCAUCCUGCACAAAGAGCUUGCAAUCUACAGGGAAAAAUAAAAGGUGAGGGAAACGUGUAGUGUUAAUUAGUGAGUGUAAGGGGACAGUAACUAGUUCCUGUAACUAGUUUUACAGGAACAAGUAAUUGAAUGUUACAGUUCUUUAUACACUGUUUGGUUAUAAAAGUAUUCACUUCCUUUCAGGGCUGUGCCUAGAGUUCUAGGGGCUCAAUUGAUAUGGUCCCAAUACGCUUAUGUAAGAGCUCAUAGGUCACAACUUUACAAAAUGCCCCAUCCAACCAGAUGAAACUUGAGCAAAAGCGCAAAGAACUGGUGAUGACUGCAGUGCCAAAUGUUGACUUGCGGGGAUAAAAAAGGUUGAACAAAGGUUUCUGUUGCUAAAUGAUAUAAGGAAAUGCUAUUUUGGAGUAAGUUAUUGAUACAUUUAAAGGGACUGUAAUAUAACGUAGACUAUUUUUAAAUUUCUUUGUAUGUCUACAGUUUAUGUAUAAUUGUAUUCUAUAAAAAUGUAGACUCAUUCUACCUAUGUUAACUUUUUUUUAACAUAAAAAUGCAAUAACAUUUUUUUUGUUUAUAGAAAACUUUUUUUAUACUCGGUUGUAUAUUGUAUGUCAUUGUAAAACCUUCAAUAAAUAUAAAGAUUUUCAGUAUAA